ACCUUCAUAAACAUUCCUCCCGUCGAGCAGUUUAAUUCGAGCAGUGAAACCGUGCGGACGUGUUGUGUGUUGUUGUUGCGGCAUUUCACAGUGUGAAGUAGUAGCGAAUGUUGUGCGGUGGCUGAUCGUUGGCGUUGUGUGUCUGUAUAUCAUCCGUGCCUACACGAGUGCGUGUGUGUGUAUGUGUGUACGUGUAUAUGUGUAACCGGCCGGGGAUUUCGAGUGCGGUGCGUUUAAGUUUUUUUCGGUUGGUGGGUUUUUAGUUUUACGAUCACCGUCCGGAGACACCAUCUGUUCCCGAGCCGAAGGUGAUUCCUUGGGUUUGUGGAAGAUUAGUAGCAGAAGAAGAAAAAAAAACGAACAACAACGAUCCAACGACCUGAAUUACAAGACACACCCCUCUUGCUCGCGGUCGUACGGUAUCGGAAGCGGCACAUUUGUUCUCCCUCCCCCCGCAUCGCGUCAACCGGCACCCGGUGACGACUGUUCCGCCGAUCCCCGAACCCGUCCAGCAAAAACCGCCCAGAGAGCCGUGGGGAGAAAGAGGCGCGCGGAACGUCAUCCCGUCGAAACGGAAAGAGCAACAGCAAGGCAGGAGAAGGCAGGCCGGAAACCGGCUUGGCACAAGCGAGACACAGCCGCUGCGACAAGACCGCCCGGGCAACCACCACCAGCGGGGGUACCAUUUUCCGGAGGGAGUGCGUCCAACAGCCAAUGGUUUAAAUGGACGCUACAUCCAUCAUUACGCAGGUGUCGCGGGAUGACGAACAGCAACUGAACAGCAGCUAUCCGAACGAAAAAGUCAACAAUGUAGAUAGGCUAAAACCGCCCAAUCGUGGUUUCCUGGAGACGCUCUUUUGCUGCUGGCGGAAUGGGCGAACGAAAAGCAAUCAGAGCGGGACGCCGAUCGAUGGUUCGAUUACGCCACCUCCGAUCCAGGGCCAGCCCCGGUAUCUGCUGCCCCAGGUCCGACCUUCCGACACGUACAAGAAGUGCAUGGUGAUAGACUUAGAUGAAACCCUAGUGCAUAGCAGUUUUAAGCCAAUUCCAAACGCGGAUUUCAUAGUGCCAGUGGAAAUCGACGGUACCGUACAUCAGGUGUACGUCCUGAAGCGGCCGCACGUCGACGAGUUCCUGAAGAAGAUGGGCGAGCUGUAUGAGUGCGUCCUGUUUACGGCCUCGCUGGCCAAGUACGCCGAUCCGGUGGCCGAUCUGCUCGACCAGUGGAACGUGUUCCGGGCGCGAUUAUUUAGGGAAUCUUGCGUCUUCCACAUGGGCAACUAUGUGAAGGAUCUGAACAAGCUAGGGAGAGAUUUACAGAAGAUUGUUAUUGUUGACAACUCGCCCGCCAGUUACAUAUUUCACCCGGAUAACGCUGUGCCAGUGAAGUCAUGGUUUGACGAUAUCAACGACUCAGAGCUGCUCGACCUGAUACCACUGUUCGAGAAGCUGAGCAAGGUCGACUCUGUAUAUAGCGUACUGUGCAACUCGAGCUCACUGUCCCAGCUGCCGACGUCCAUGUCGCACCAGAACCAGCAGGAGCUGCAACAGUCACAGCAGCAGCAGCAGCAACAGCAGCAGCAGCAACAACUACAGUCGAAUUCGUCCGAUGCGAACAAUACGUAACAUUGGCAACAAAUGUUUAUCAACAUCGUAUGAUUCGUGCACGAUGCUGCCGGCCGGUACAGUGAACGCAGGAUAAAGGAUUAGAAGAGGAGCCAGGGGUUCAGUGGUAUAGGAGCAGAAGAAAAUGAAAGGAGGGAAUACGUUUUCAAUCGGCCACGGGAGCACCGAUGUGUGUGUGUCAUCCUCCAGCGGUUAAUGCAUGCGUCCCGUAUUUCUUUCUCCCCCUCCGGAAAGGGGAGAAAACACGCAAACAAACUAAACGAUAUAUGCAGCAAUCGUUUCGAUUGAUGGAUAGGGAAAUUUCACACGAGGACGACGACGGAUGGACGAUUAAACACUAUACACACACACACGCGCGUAGCCGCUGGAACAGGAAGGAGAGCAGUUGAUCGUUGAUUAACUUUGUUAUUCUUUUUUAAUAUUAUUAAUAAUAAUAUAAUUUGGUACUAUACAAACACAUAGUGCUCCAGGACACUCCAACAAAACAAACACACGGACACAGAAUAACCUGUGAAAGCAAAACUAUUUUACAGACACAACACGUUCUCACAGUGCAGUAAUCACAAACCCAGACACACACACACACCUGAUUUGUUGGCACGUGUAUCGCGUGUAUAGAAAGCCUAGGUAACAUUAUUUUAAAAGCCCUUUCCCCUACUGUUUUGUUUAUCAAUUCAAAUCUGGCACUGUGCAAGCGGAGCCCCGGAAGAUUGUGCAUGUUUCCUUUAAACUCUACUACUCGAUAAAAGGGAAGGAGAGCGUUUCGUUCCUAGAGCGGCUCUCUCUCUCCUUCCACAACACGACACAAACACACACACACACGUAUGGUUGCAAUAAGAAGCGUUUUUGUUUGUUUUAAUUUUAUUAUUUUAUUGUCCCCAUCCAUGGUAAUAAUAUAAAUCAUCGUUUUGUACACGCUAAACUGUGUAUGUAUGAUACGAUGGAGGAAUGAAUUAGCAGAUUAGUAUGUAAUAAAUUUGUAAUCGCGUAAAGCAAACGCAAAACGACAGCAGCCACAAAACACAGUGUACACAACACAAAACGUAUUAAACACACAUACACACAUAUACACACGAUAGAAACGUGUGCAGCCGACCACACCAUGUACACCCAUCCAUGUAGAAGAAGCAUUAGGCAAAAGGCGAAGGCAUCGUACGAUUUUAUAGUUCAAUACUUUAGCUUUUUACCGUCGAUCAAAUACACGCGCAGAGAGAGAUAGAGAGCGCAAGAGCCUGUGCAAAGGUGGUGCAUCAUUUAGGCUCGAAGAUUUAUAUAUGUAUACACAUUAAAAGGCGAAAAAAUACACACACACACACACACACACACACACACACACACACACACACACACACACACACAAUGAGGAGAGCAGCCAUUCUAGACCGUGAGACGAAUUGAUCAUAAUCAUAGCGAGAACGAGUGGGCAAAAAGAGGAUAGAGAAAAAAUACCGUAGCUGAGUAGUGAUGAAAAUCGUGACCCCGUGUACAAUUUUGUAUUGCAAAAAUGAAGUAAGAAGCAAAUUAAUAGUGUUUCUAUCUAGAAAAAGGAAAAUCAUGGAGGCAUAUUUAGUAGAACGACACAAAUAGAAGAAAAAUGGAACAAAACUCUAUCAAAUCAAUCAAGAACAACACAACCAGAGUAGCAGAAAGUGGAAAGUGGCGGGUAGGAAGAAAGCUGGAAAUGCUGCCGGAAAAGGAAAAGAUGUCCAAAACCAAACUAUAGCUGUACAGUUUUAUAUUGCGAAGGAAAUGCUUCAAAAAUGAAAAAAAAAAUGCCAUUUACCCGUUAGAACGAGAACCGGAAAGAUGUAGAGAGGUAAAAAGAGAAAAGAGAGUAAGGAAUUGACAAAAAAAAAGUGGAAUUCGAGAGCUCUAGAGAACUUCUGCAGCGAGGAAUCAGUCAUAUCGGAUAGAUGCUUUUGCGAUCGUCAAGAUUGAUGCGGGCGAGUAGAUGAAAGCAACACUAAUUGUUUGUUUAUGGUACCUUUUCUUUCUGGAUUUUGGUUUUGCGACACUCCCUUGACCCUUUCUUAUGGGAAGUGAACUUUGUAUGUUGGGAAUCGGACUCUAUGACAUUCUUGUUGGACAAACUUAUUGGAAAUUCCUGUUAGAUUUCUCCGCAAGGGUGCUAUAGAGCCCAACUCCCAUGACGUACAGUUCAUUUCCGGUAGGAAAGAUUCAAUCAAAUGUCCCACUCCUAUGAGAAUUCCUGAAAACCCCGUAUGUAAGGACAUAUCAAAUUUUGUAUGUGUCUUUUUCCUCAUUUCAUGAAAAGCCUGUUUUAUACUAAUGUUUUGCCUUUUCAUUGGCCUUUUUUUUAUACUUUUGCACAGGCCCUGUUACUGGUCGUCCUGAUGCCAUGUUGUGGUACAUUUAUUUUUUUAGGUAAACAAUGUUUCGAUACUAUUUUACCGUCUUUAGCAAACCAAGAAAGUGUUCUAACACAGGGUUAUUGCAUACUACAAAUAGCAAAGGCAUAUUUCACUAUCAUACUUAGGUACUACCUAGCUUUCUUGAUCGGUGGACCACCCUUUGGCAGAAAUCCUCUUGUUUUUUGACUGCAAGACUGAAAAACGUGUGCGUGCUGAAAGAAAAAAACAAAAACAGAAAGUAAUGCAACUAUUUUCGACAUCACGUGUGGCAUUCAAGGAAGCUAAAAAUGAACCUAGAACCGUUUACACUAAGCGAACAAAAAGGAAACACACAGAAGGGAAUACAAUUAUGUACACCUACCUCUAAGCGCUAAACUAAAUUGCUACAACUAUUACUACCACAAUGCGCCACACAUCAUUAAAAAAAACUAUGAGCCUUUUUCGAUUCCGUUACGGGCAUUACAGGGUUUUCCAGGAGUUCUCAUAUCUGUGGGACACUUUAUUGACUCUUUUCAUUGAUGAAAUUAAGUCAAUGUAAUGGGAAUAGCACUCUAUAGCACCUUGUUUGGACAAAUCUAAUAGGAAUUCCAACGAGCCUGUCCGAUCUCCAGUUAGAGUCCAAUUUCCAACAUAAUAAGUUCACUUUUCAUAAGAAAGUGUCAAGCGUCAAGUGUCCCACAACUAUGAGAACCCCUGGAAAACCCUGUACUUACUGCUGGAUGCUUCUGUACAUACUAAUCCCGCUAAAACAAACAAACAAAACAGAAACCCAUUGCCUUGCACCUUUGCUAACGCUUUUAAACAUUUCCAGUCGAGUUUUGCUCUUUUACGCAUGCCAGGGAAUAUACAAAUCAUUUGCCUACUAUACCUUUCUUUUUUGUUGUUUUGCCAAAGCGCUACAGCUUUUUCCGCAAAGUUGCUUAGUUCCGUUUGGAGUGUGAAGAAAGGAGUUUGCGCAAAAAAAACAUUGUUGCCGAAAAGAACCACCCAGUAAAUAGGAAUUGAAAAAAGAGGAGAGCUUUUGUUUUCUAUGUAUAGAACGAAGCAAAACUAACUCACGCUUGCACAGGAAAACGAAAAAAAUGAGACAAAACAUGGUAAAAAAAAGCUUAGCCGCAGGCGUAGGGAAGAUGCAGUGAAACAAAUCCUACUAACUCCGGAUACAAUAUGGAGAACAAUAUUUUUGUAUACACGUGUACUUCAGCAGUUUGGCAAAUCCAGCAUAUGGGCGGGGGGAGGGUUUUGAUACGAAGGAAACACCGACAGAUCCAGAUCCGUUUCUCAUACACGUAAUAUUUGGCCAUAUAAAAACAAGCUUAUUCGAAUAUAUGUAAAAUUCAAGCGCCUCUUUCCCUCGUAUCACUGUAUCACCAACGUCCAUGGUACUCUUUACAGGGUAGGAAUGAUGUAAAGACGGUCAGUCAGUCUUGAAGGAAGAGCCGCACACCUCACCAAGAAAAAAAAAGAACAGGGACCCACAGAAACGAACAAUUUCGUCUUAAAGCUCAGUAAUAUGGACCUCUGUGUGCGGGUGUGUGUAUGGGCGCGAGUUUUAAAUUAGACGACACAUGAUGAUCGGCAUAAGACUAGUCCCCUUCUCUCUCUCUCUCUCUCUCCCUUGGAUAGCCGACCGGAGAGAUAAAUGGCCAGAAAUGAAAAAUGAAACGAAAAAGGUGGAAUAUUAUACAAAUAAAUAUAGGGAAAAAAGGAACCAGCAAGCCCAAAAUUGUGUGUAGAAAAUCGAAAACCAUCCUAAGCUGUGUGUAUAUUGUAAAACACAAAGAAGAAGUAACAAAAAAAAAAAACAAUGUGCAUGUGUGUUUGUGGUGUAACUCGCUGUAACAGAGGAAGCAAUGAAACAGCAAACAAACAAACAAACCAACAAACAAGGAUCAGAAAAUGUGUGUAUUGUAUAAACAAAAUAGUAAAAGCUAACAAACAAACACAUGAAAGAUGAAAAUCAGAGAGACAAUUGUAUCCCGAUGGAAAAAAAAGAGAAUGGACAACACAAAAAAGAUAAAAAAACAAACAACCUGCUGUACGAUUAUAUUAUAUACACGUAACAAUAUAAAGGGAAAAACAAACACCAAAAAACACACACACAAUACACACCAGUGUGUGCGUGAGUGUGUGCGUUUGCGAAUGCAUGUGUUUUAUUCUACUUCUUUUAGCAAUUCACAUUCUUUUUUGUUCUUCCUUUUGUGCGGUUUAUUUGUUUUUGUUUCUGUUUGUUUUUUGUUUCUGAGGUGCGCUUUCAAACAAAAAAGAAAAGAAAAUAUGUUGUUUGUUUAGUUUUAGUUUCUUUUUUUAUUUUGUUUUUAAAUGUUCACACUAGGAAAUGACCAUAAGACGUAUAAAGGAAAAAAAGAAACGAAGAAAGUUAAAGUAAUAUAGUAGCUUAGCCACAAAAAAAAAAAACAAGCGAGCAAAGUGUGUAAAACAACAGCGUGUGUGUGUGUAGCGUACCUAGAGGUAGUAGGAAUAAAGCUUUCCUUUUUUUUAAAUAAACGCAAAAACACGCAAAUUUAAUACAGCUUUUUGUUUACAAAAGCAUUGGUAGCAAGACGAAAAAACAGAAAAGAAACAGUGAAAUAGGUAAAAGAGGAGCAAUCAUUUAAAUCAUCUUAAUUGCUUACCCCCUUCCUUCUAGUGUUGUUAACUAAUGAUUACGAGUGAGCCUUUUCGAGAAGCGUCAUGUAAUGUUAUUUAACGCGUUUUGGGUUUGUUUUGCUUUGUUUUUUCGUUUGCCACGGGAAUAAGUAUAAAUAUUUACGUUUUCCCCCCACAGUCGAUUAUUCUAAUUAAUGAGCAAGUAGCGUUUUCUAUCCAUUAUGAAAGUUAGAUAGGUUAAGCGUGUGAAUGAUAUGAGGGCAGUAGGCGUCGAUUGCGAUGCGAUGAGGGAAAAGGACAUUUUCUUCCCUAAGCCUACUUCUGUUGCCAAAUACUAAUGCAGAACAACAGAAUGGUGAUGCUGACACACACACAAACACACUUCUUUAGUCAUAGAACACACCAACAAACACACACGUACACACGCCAAACGCUACAUGAAAAGCGUGACAUAUGAGUUAUUUAUUUUGUUCAAGUUCAGUCAUUUUUGUUUAGUCACGCUGUUGUGAUCAGAUUAGAACCGAAUCGAUAUUUGUUGGUUGCGUUUUUUUGUUUUUUUUUUUUUUAAUAUUUUGUGUUUGUUUAUCUUUUGUGUAAAUUACUUUAUAAAGUUUCACAUAAAUCAAAUUUAUGAAUAAAAUAAAAAAAAACAGGCAUUUAUGUAUUUGCGCAGCACAAAAGAACAACACAUACACAAAAACACACAUAUUCAAGAAAGAGAUGAAAACGAAAAGAAAAAUAAAACGAUUUUACAAACACAAUAACGGGCAAAGGAGAGAUAAAACAGCUCAACAGAAAGCAGAAAAUCUCUACAAGCCAUUCCAACAACAACAACAACAAUGGGCAAAGUGGAGCAAAAUUCCCCUCCCCUGUGUUGGGGAGGGGAGGGGGGGGAACAACUCAGAGGCACUGGCACAGACAGAAGAUUAUCAUGAAGCAUUAUUAGUUAACUUAUAGCAGCAAAACCGAGGAACUAUAUUUAGCGCGAGCAAAGUGUGUGAAGGGGCAUACGUAUUAAGAAGGUAACAAAACAACAAAAAAAAAACAAUACAAAUCAGCACAGAAAAAAUAAUAAGAUGCAUGAAUAGGGAAGAAUAUCCAAGCUGUUUCAGUCAGAAAUGCGAACCUCAGUGUUGGUAGGAAGUUAAACAGUGGAGAAAAAAAAAACAUUCACCAGAUGCUGAGAUGGCAAAACAAAAAGUGGAAGUGAAAAAGUGAAAGUGAAAAACAGGAGGAUGAUUUAAUAAUAAUAUAUUGUCACAUUUCGUAAUCAA